UUAGCAGCAUGUUAUAAUGUAACCUGGAGGGAUCCUACGUAGCAACAUGGUUCAAUUGGACGAUCCUCUCUCACUAGCAGCGGAUGUUAUCUCAAGAUUCUCACUUAUGUCUAUCAUACCUGAACGUGAAGUUAAGAUAAAAGAACCCUUCUCUGAUCCCACCAGUCUGAGCUCUAAACAACGGCAGGUCCUACUGAAGCGUGCUGAACUCUCCGCUAAGAUUACCACUCCUGAUGUUAGACCUGGGGAGGCUGGUAAAAGAAAGGAGCCUCUCAGGGGGAGGACUCAAGGAACUUCGGAAUUCCCUGCAAAUCUUAGAUUGUCGUACCCUGUGGAGAGGUGUGUUGAGAGACAGUUACCCAGGAGUUACGACGUAGACAGAAGUCCUGCUCUCUCCAGACCUCUCACUCCUAUACUCAGAGUUCACUGCACCAGACACUUUAGUAAACCUGUUCCAGCAACACCAGUAAAAGUUGAUUACCUAAAGAAGCUACCAGUAGAUAUCACUAUCUUGCUUCUACAGAAAUACAUAUCUCCGCCGGAUUUACUCAGUGUCCGGGGAGUGUGUAAGUACUACCAGAUGUUAUGUGAUUUGAAAGUUGUGAAACGGCGCUGGAAAGAACACCUCACCGUGGAGAAACUCAACUUUAUCAACAGAGGAAAGGAGAACAGUAAAGUUACCCCGUUACCGCUGACAAGGAGAAUGUCUAGGAGUAAAGGUCCUCUCAGCCCCAUCCAACCUGCCCCCUCUGCUUCCUCUCCCGCCUUCAGAUGGGGCUCCUCCCCCAAAACCCCCGUCCAGCACACACCAUCCAGCCUAGCUCGACAACGUCCCCAAAGUCCGGAUCUUCUUCCCAAACCUCGCACCAUAUGUCGGCGUUCAAACCCACCUCCCUCGCCUCUUGCAUCACGCUCAACUCGUCAAUCAGCUGCACUGCGCGGCACUCAAGCUGCUGCACUGCGCGUCACUCCUCAAGCUGCUCCGACUCCGUUAUCUCGUCCCCCUCCUCUUCGACACCCUCAUAAACGGGCUCCCUCGGCUCGGGACAUCAAAUCAGACGACCUGCUGCCCACUCCUGAGAAAAUAACCCCGAGUAAACGUAGUGUGGACGGUAAGAAGAAGAGGGGUGAUGUGAGCAGGACCCCGUUUAGAACUCUAAACAUGGGAACACCCAACUCCAAUUCUUCCAGUAAGACAAGUCUCAGCUCCACUACCAGUCUCGUGACUCCUGAUUUCAGGACAGAACACGCACACAUUACUCCUGAGUUUAAGGUUCCUAGCUACUCAAUCAACUCCAAAUCUAGACAGCGUCUCAAACGUCUCUGAGAUUUAGUGAGCCUUAAAUAGUGAGCAAUAAAACGAACCAUGUUCAGCCGAUCUUUGAAGAGACAUAUAUAUCGAUUCGUCUGGGAAGAACGUUUAAAAAUACGUUCUAUAAGUUGCAUAAUUAUAUCUCGAUUUUGUUAUGAUGGUUGUGUUGUGGAUCUUUUACUACGACUCUAUUCAGCUGGCUGAAUAAUGGGUUUAUAUUUUCAUAACAUUGUUAAAGCACUGUAAACGAGGAUGUAAGUUGAGUGUUUUCAUGACAUUCCAAUUUCAUCGGAUGCUUAGAUUUUAAAAUACCUCAGGCUGAGCCUCUGAAGUAUUGUUGUUUUGCUGUAAAAUUGGAUUUAACUUUAACUUGGAGAGUGAAGAUUAUUCUAAUUUAACUUGAAUAUCAUUAUAUUGACUAUAUUCUGUUGUUUUUUGAAGUUGUGUUUAUACCCUGUGAAAUUUUCUGUAAACUGACACGAUAUUGAACAUUGUUAUUGUAUUUUAUAUUUGAUAUUAUUUGUCAUUAAUUGAA